CACAAUUGUUUUACUAAACGAAAAACAGAACCAAUUAUGUGAAAGUAUUUCCACCCUUUAUUGUUUAAUUUUAUGGAUUGGUGAUUUAAAAUGCCAGCUAUAGUUGUGGGACCACCUCAACAAAACAAGCAAAUGUGGCAAGCUCUUAAAACACACAUUACAAAAGAAAGAAAAUGUAAAAAACAAGAACAAGAAGCUGAUGCAGAAGAGAAACGUCAAAGAAAAGAAAGAGAAACACAACAGAAACAUAAUGUGAUGACAUUAGGUGAAACUCGACAUCAAAUUUCUACCCUAGAAAAUGAAUUGACGAUAAAAAAUGAGAAACACCAAUUAUUUGUACAAUUGAAAAAGGUUCUUCAUGAAGAUGACAAUAGAAGAAGGCUUAUAAAAGAAACUAAUGUAUUAUUAGAGCCAGUACAAGUUAGUGGAUAUUUUGAUCCAGGUGUAGUUAUCCACUCUCAUUUAUAUAUUCCAUUUCCAACAAGAAGUCCUCUGUACAAAGUUAAUGUAACUACACCUUCAAAUGCAUUGAUAUCAAGUCAAAGUUCACUAAAAAGAUUGUACAGUCCAUCACCUCCCCCAGUUUCAUCAUAUCAUCCGGGCUAUGGUUAUAAACCACCACCUUCUAUACCAAGUUAUAUUCCAACACUAUUAAAAUCUGAUGAAGCCAAGAGAUCGAAUGAUUCUCGAGUUGUUUUAUGGAAUAAAUCAGUCAAUCAAUAUUCUGGAUCAAAUUAUUAUGGAUCAGUUAGUGAGCAAUAUGAUUUUGGCUCACCUACAUCACAACCUCUACUAUGUAUACCACAACUUGGCAAACCGGUAUAUCUAUCUGCGGUUCAUGCUACAUUACCAGCAAUUUAGACAUUACCUUACACUGAAGAUAAAUUUUAUCCACGAGCAGGAAGUCAUGUAACUGUUCAUGGAGGAGCGAUACAAAUUCAGCAACCACCACAGGGAGAGAAGACAGGUGAAGUUACAUCUAGCUAUACAGUUCGAACGCCUCAACCUCCUCAAGGACUAUAUCCUCCUCCUCUAUCUGUUAAUUAUGUGAAUGUUUCAGGUGCUAAUAUACAAGGACGAGUUUUAUAUACUCAACCAGGGUCGCGGUAUCUUCAGUGAGCUCUUCUGAUACGAAAAUUGAAAACUGGAUUCAUAUGACUGUAAUAUAGGUCCUAGGAGAUAAAGACUGA